GCUAGGUAGUUCACCAUUAAACCAGCGUUCCAGUUUAUCCGUCUCUCUCUCUCUCUCUCUCUCUCUUUCUCUCUCAGUGACUGCGUUCAAUUCCUUACUUUCACCCCUCCCUCUCGCUCUCUCUCUCCCUCUCUCUCCUCCACUACAUCUUCAAUCUCUCAGCAGCAGCAGUUUGUGUCCUGAGAGAACUGGCACCAAACUGACGCAUCCAUGGGGCGCGCGCAGCAUCUUUAUUUCAGCACAUUACAAUUUGAAGUCAUAUAGGGGGAAUAUUCGCGUCAACGCAGCAAACACGCUUCAGUCGUUCAGCGUUUCAUCUCCAGGCUUUAAACUCUCAGUCGCGCCGCAUCUGUCUGUAUUUUGUCUCAUUUGUAGCCGUGUCGAGCUGUGGUGAUGGAUGGGGAUGCGUGUGUUCGCGUGUGGACUCGACCGCUGCAAGUGAUGCUCCAGCAGAAGAAGAUCAAAGCGCGGAGGAAAAAGCGUAAGGAGUUGUUCGGGGGACAGAUGUGCUUCAUGGGGCUCAUGCUGCUGGCGGUGUCGGGCUUGUCCAGUUUGGCCGAAAAUUCCGGUUAUGGAAUCUCCAGUCUCUCAGCUGAAGAAAGUAUGAAGUGGGGGAGUCGCAGGCUGCUGCAGGACUUCGACAUUGACAGCAACUACACUGAUGAAGUGCAGCUUGGGCCUAAUGCUGACAAAAACUGCACACCGCCUGGUAUUCAUGAGUUCCCUGAUGAUAUGUUCACCCAACAGGAGCGAUUGGAGGGGGCUGUAGCUUUGCACGUACUGUGUGCCAUGUAUAUGUUUUACGCGCUGGCACUGGUGUGUGAUGACUACUUCGUGCCCUCUCUGGAGAAGAUCUGUGAGCGCUUACACCUAAGUGAGGACGUAGCAGGAGCCACGUUCAUGGCAGCAGGAAGUUCAGCUCCAGAGCUCUUCACAUCAGUCAUAGGUGUAUUUAUCACCAAAGGAGAUGUGGGAGUGGGAACAAUCGUGGGAUCUGCUGUCUUCAAUAUCCUCUGCAUCAUCGGAGUGUGUGGGAUCUUUACUGCGCAGGCGGUCAGGCUCUCUUGUUGGACGUUAAUGAGAGACUCUACGUACUACACUAUCGCAGUGGCCACUCUGAUCGUGUUCAUCUAUGAUGAGAAGGUGACAUGGUGGGAAUCGCUCAUCCUAAUAGUGCUUUACCUGGUUUACAUUUUAAUAAUGAAAUUUAACUCGCGGGUGGUUCAUUUCAUCGAACGGCGAAAAAAGAACCCUGCAAAUCUGGGUAACGGCACAGCCAGUAACACAGAUAUCGAUGACGGCUGCGACGCCACAGUGGUGCUGCUUAAGAAAGCAAAUUUCCACAGGAAGCCAUCGGUGCUGAUGGUGGACGAGCUCUUGUCUGCAUAUCCUCAUCAGCUGACCUUCUCUGAGGCAGGAAUGAGGAUCAUGAUAACCAGCCAUUUCUCUCCUCGCACGCGCCUCACCAUGGCCUCCAGAAUGCUCAUCACAGAGAGGCAGCGGCUGAUAAACAGUCGUUUCAGUAAUGGGGACUCUGAAGUGACUGUAAAGAUGCCAGGAAAGCGCGGGGUAGAGAAUGGACUGGCAGGACCGGACCGAGGCCUGAACGGGCGGAAGGGAGGUCACCACGAUGAUGACAGAGGUGGAGCUGAAGCUGGCACUGACACCGAAAACGAGAACGAAGAUAAUGAAAACAAUGAGAACGAUGAGGAGGAAGAGGAAGAGGAUGAAAAUGAAGGACCCUAUGUACCAUACCGCUGCCCAGGUACAUUUACAGUAUUACUAAAGUGGCUGCUGGCCUGGCCACUCAGUCUGCUGCUGUUCUUCACCGUGCCCAACUCUGCCAACCCACGCUGGGAACGCUGGUAUAUGGUCUCCUUCAUCAGCUCCACCAUCUGGAUCGCUUUCUUCUCUUACAUCAUGGUGUGGAUGGUCACAGUGAUUGGUUACACUAUGGGCAUCCCUGAUGUCAUCAUGGGCAUCACCUUCUUGGCCGCUGGCACCAGUGUUCCUGACUGUUUGGCCAGUCUAAUUGUGGCACGGCAAGGAUUGGGUGACAUGGCCAUUUCCAACUCCAUUGGCAGUAACGUAUUUGAUAUCCUGAUUGGGCUUGGUCUGCCUUGGGCCCUCCAGACAUUGGCCAUUAACUAUGGCUCCACAAUUCACCUAAACAGCAAAGGUCUGAUUUUCUCGGUUGGGCUGCUGCUGGCAUCUGUGUUUCUGACGGUUCUCGGCGUACAUCUCAACAACUGGAAGCUGGACAAGCGCUUGGGUUUUGCUUGUUUGCUGAUGUACGCCGUCUUCCUGUGUUUCUCCAUCCUCAUCGAGUUCAACGUCUUCACUUUUGUCAAUCUUCCCACCUGCCGCGAGGAAUGAGCUCCUUUUUCCCCAGUCCUCCCUCUUUGACCUGCUGAGGACAAUAGCACAAGUCCUCGAUCAGACGCAGAGCGGCUCUCCUUCAGAAGGAAUAUUUAUUUAUUGAUCUCGCUGAUCCUCUGUUGAUCCUCUUUUUCUUUCCAAUGGGUGCAAUAUCGGUGGAGUCUCUGAGUCGGUGGUGUUAGAAGAGGAGUGAGAGGAUGAAGGAGCGCUUAUGUGUGAGGAACGGUCCCGUUGACUGAUAUAUAGACUGUUCGGAUGGGACAGGAAGGUGAUAAAUGAUGACUACUGCCUGGUUUGAUGUGAAUACUUUUUUUAAUCCAAAAUAUUUGACAUAUUACACGUUUAAAGAUUAAUGAUGUAAAUGUAUUUUAUGAUGGCAUUUGUUUUAUUAGCUGCUAAUUGAUUGAAAAUGAGGCUGGACUUGUUAAUAUUGUUUAGAUUUGUGCGGGUUUGUUUAUUUGCUGAAAGGUACUGGUGACCUCUAGAAAAUACUUCUGUUUUGUUUAGAUUUUUUCAUUUGGGCAUUAUCAGUCAAGAUAAUAAAACCAAGAGGUUUGAGAUCAGAUCAAAUAUCGGUUAUAAAAUGACUUUAGGGGCGUUUACACAACAUUGUUUCAAAAACGAUAACAUUUUAUGCAUUUUGGCCAUUCAUUAAACCUACAAAAUGGCGGAAAACGUUCAAAAUAUGAUACGGUUAUUGUCACCAAGUAAACUAAGCAACAGAAUCAUGCGCAUUCAUAGUACUUGAUUAGUCUAUAGGCAUGUGCGAGUACUUGACAACAAAUACAACUGUGGCGCAGAUGUGUAGUGUUUUUUUUACAAAGUGACGUCGCCAUCUAGUGGCCUGGCAUGCAUAAUGCAGCAUUUUUAGUUGAUCUGCGUAAACACGGAUCAUUUCGAUGUUGUUUGUACAUGAAACUUUUCAAAAAGUCAAGAGAAAACAUUUCGUUGUGGUGCAAACAUACCCUUAGACAGACAGCGGGCAUUUGUUUGCACCUUUGUGGAAACAUGUUGGAACGCUGCUAGAAGCAUAUUUAUGUUUAGUGAGACAAUAUUCUCGUGUGAUAUAUGGGGUUUCUAUAGAUGUGUUUCUUUUGUCUCUAACGCUCUGUAUAUACUGAAACAGAGAAAGAUUUAUUUAUUAAUUUAUUGAUAACUAUUUAUGCACAUUACUUUCCUACGACGUACUGAAACAAAACCAACCCACAGCUGUCCCAAAGAAGAGACUGUUCUGGAGUUUCAGCCAGGCUAUGCCGUUUUUUUGUCCUUCAGAGCUUGUGUGUCAGCCUUUUCUACUGGAUUCCUUCUCCUUCAACUCUGAAUAUUAUGCACCCUUUUAGAUGCACCUUUGACUUGAUGCUUAAAAGCGUUUCUACUAUUUGAUAUGGGUGUGACAUGACAACAGAGGUUAUUGAAGAGAUUUUUUCAACACUCCAACUUUGGCAGGCGAGUAAGGGGAAAAUAUAUAAAUAUAUAUACAUAUAUAUUUUAUACUUAACCGUUUUGAGAUUUAAGAUCGGCCCAUUCCCUAUUUAGAGCGAAUGGAGUGAGUGAGCCACAAACCUAAGAAGCUGAUUAGCAGGAACGUGUCCUGGUAAAAUGAAGCUAACAUCUAUGUAACGUUGAUUAGACUGUUCUAAAGAUGUAAAUCAAUGAAAUUAGCUUUUUUUUUCUCUUAGCAUGCCGCUCUUAGAGUUUAAGAAAAGAGUUUUUCAAGAAAUCCUCUCAAAAAAACUAAAAAAAAACAAGGAUGCAGUUGAUAAUAUGGAUUUUUCUGAUGUGUCCGAGGUUCUUCUUUCUGGAGGAUGAUUGGAAAUACUUUGUUUUGUUUGCCUCUGCUUCUGGGGAUCGUAAACAGACGCCACCACAAUGCAUCACAGCUGUAAGCUUUUAUCCGUGGCACAACAUGUGGACUUUUUUCUCCUAGCAGAGUUUUUUAGUGAGCUGACAAAAGUAGCGAUUCUAACGGACUGUUUUAGUCUAGCUAGCAACUUCAUGCAGGUUUUGUAGUCUGAAGGCACAUUUGCAGGGAACAUUUGUGUUUUAUGCACUGAUACUGGGUGUCUAAUUGUUUGUCAUAUUUUAAAAAUAGAAUUUAGACGACUUAGAAGACAUAUCUGGAAGAGUAUUGCGGCAAAGUAUUUUCUAUCACAAAAAGCGACUUUGUAUUUUGUAUCGCGAAAUGUUUAGAGUUGUUAUAAAAAAGUCUGUAGGGUGUGCUUCAAGUGAGUCUUGUUUAGCUCAUACAAACUACUUCGUCAGACUGCUUUUAGCAUGUUUCAAAUGAAAAGAUCACACUUCAUACGACAUUCUGGUGUAAGAAAAUAAAUGGAAAUUAAAAAUAAGAUAGGCUGACAGAUUAUAUUAGCAAAAUAGGAACUUUUCGUUUUUCUAUAGAGCUCGUAAUAGACACUGAGGCCUAGUUUUAUUCCCCCAUUCCAAAAAAAAUCAAUUGCAGGUCUAGGGUUUAAGCAAUGUGAUAUUCCUGGUAAAUAUAAGCUAGGUGUUAUCCAAGUAGAGUGUAAGAACUGUGUUUGGAUUCUGAAGAUUGUUAGUUUGUUAUUUUCUUUUUCGCAAAGCAGGGUAUUAUAAAGAAGGCAUCAGGAAGGCAGGGUUUAACGAAGGUUUUCGUUCAUGAAAUGCAAUAAUGUUUAAAAGAAUGAAUUACUGUGUUUGUAUUUUUACUUGUGAAUCUUAAACAUGACAAAUCACAUUAUUUGAGUCAUAUAUAUACACAUAUGCUACUUCAAUAAAUCAGUAAAAGUAGGAGUACGCUCGAUACUAUGUUAGGGAUAUUAAAAGACCCUGCAGGCACAGGACGUCCACAUGACAUCUUAUUGACAUUGUACCCCAACAUCGUGGGGAUGUUGGAUUUUGUUUGGAAAUGAAAAUCGAGUUGACGUCAAAACCCAACAUCAGGCCGACAACCAAAGUCCAACGUCCAGCCUAAAAUCAACCUAAAAUCAACUAAAUAUCAAUGUCUACUCCUGUGACCCCUAUGACAUCUAUCAGACGUUGGAUUUUAGUCAUUUUCCAACACAACCUAAAAUCAACCAAAAUCAACCAAAUAAUAACGUUUACUCAUGUUACACCUUGACGUUGUGAGGACAUUAUCACUAUGACAUCUAUCAGAUGUUGGAUUUUGGUCACUUUCCAACACAACCUAAAAUCAACUAAAUAUCAACGUUUACUCAUGUUACACCUUGAUGUUGUGUGGAUGUUACCACUAUGACAUCUAUCAGGCAUUGAAUUUUGGUCACUUUCCAACACAACCUAAAAUCAACUAAAUAUCAACAUUUACUCAUGUUGCACCUUGACAUUGUGUGGACGUUACCACUGUGACAUCUAUCAGACGCUGGAUUUUGGUCACUUUCCAACACAACCUAAAAUCAACCUAAAAUAAACUAAAUAUCAAUGAAUACUCAUGUUACACCUUAACGUUGUGUGGACGUUACCACUGUGACAUUUAUCAGACGCUGGAUUUUGGUCACUUUCCAACACAACCUAAAAUCAACCUAAAAUUAACCAAAUAUCAACGUCUACUCAUGUUACACCUUGACGUUGUGUGGACGUUACCACUAUGACAUUGAGAUGUUGGAUUUUAGUCACUUUCCAACACAACCUAAUUUGAUGUAUCAACAUAAUGAUGUAUCAACAUAAUUUGAUGUCGUUAAUGGAUGUCAAAAUAACGUUGUCCUCAGACGCUAGCUAGACAUUGAAUUUUGGUCACCUGAUGUCAUGACCUAAAUCUAACCUAAUAUUAACAUCUUAUGAUGUUGUGUGCCUGCUGGGGAGGCUUUAAGAUGCAACUAAAUUGGCUUUCACUGCAAUUCUAUAACAAUCAAAAGUCUAUGAGCACUGCUGCUUACGGAUUAUGAGAGAUUAUUGCCAAUGUAUAGGUUCAUUGAUUAUUAUGUACUGAUCAAUGCUAUUUGGUCAUCAUCACUUUUGGAAAUCAAAGUGCUGCUGUUUGUUUGUACGCACAAAUAUAAUUAUGAUGAUAAUAAAUAAAUAAAUAAAUAAAUAAAUAAUGAGGGCAUGCACAAGCAAUUAGCCCACGAUUAGACAAGUUUCCCUCAGAUUUCCUUUUCUUGUCUGCUGAUAUUCCUUCAUCGAUUCAGGCAUAUUUGAAUCUAAAAUGUGACUUUUACAGGGUGAUGCAUUGCUGAUGUAUAUAAUUAUACAUAUAUGAAAAAUGUCUUCAUAUUUUUUGUCUUUGCCUGUAUAUCUGUUGACUAUAUUUUCAUAGAUACUGUACAAUGUUUGGGUCCUUUAUUUGUUCAUUUUUUGAUUUCGUUGUUGUUGUGUUGAGGGUUUGAUUAAACACCCUUGGUUUGCAGAAUCGCAUGGGAUAUUUUAAUAUAAGGAAUUAUUUAUGUUCAAUACUAUUACACAUUGUUGAGCACUGGAUGGACAGCAGUGGAAUUUAGACCUCUUAGAUUCUUGCAUGUUUUCUUUGUUUUAUUUCUCUCUCUUUUUUUUCCAAUGGAAAACUGCUGGGCUUUUGAUUCUCCAAUGAAAGCGUAAAGUAGAUUUCAUUCAGAAUAACUGAUGUCUUCUGCAUUUCAGGAAUCGUUAAAAAAAAAGAAUGGUGGUUGGCUUUAUGUACUAAACUAUUUUGUUCAGGUGUUUCAGUUGUAUAUCAGAGUACAUUUUGCUACUUGAGCAUAAUUAAAAUGAUCUUUGCUGAGGUAAACACUUGUUUGAUUUUGUUUUGUCUCCAGAAGGCAUGCAUAAGCACACACCUUACUU